GAAAGAAGCAAACAGGUCAACCAGAGGUUCCAGAGGUUCCAGAGGAUAAUCCCGCGUAAAAGCGGCCCUAAAAUAAGCGGAGACGAGACAGUGCGAGAACAUCUCGGUACUUGGACGACCCACAACCCCCCCGUUGGCACCGAAUACCGACGCUAGUAUCAGCCGAGGAUCAGCCGUUCACCGGCCUCGGCUCCCCUUCCCCAUAUGCGACAUGGUAACACAGAGCAUCAUCAGAACUAUCGCCGAGUCGGAGCAACUUUCUCGAGACAAGGCCCGCCGCCGACCUACACCGUUGUCACUUGAAACCUCCCGUCUUGAUAGGUACUAUGCCCGCUCCUCUGGGUCCGGGUCAUCUCAGAGGCCGGUAACCAUGUCCACCUCGAUGUCGAAUGAAGCCCAACAAAUUGGUUUCGAUCCAAGAUGGGAGGACCUCGAUUGGGCAAUUGGCCAGAUGUUCAUCAUGGGAUGGGAUGGGACGGAGGUGACGCCACAGAUCCGCCAUCUCAUUGAAGACCAUCAUCUCGGGUCCAUCAUUCUCACGGCGAAGAACCUUAAGUCUGCCGCGGAAAUGGCCAACUUGGUCCGGGAACUGCAAACUAUAGCUCACAAUGCAGGCCAUCCACAGCCUCUCCUCAUCGCCCUCGACCAGGAGAAUGGCGGCGUCAACAGUCUUUUCGACGACGAGUACGUCUGCCAGUUCCCAAGUGCCAUGGGAAUUGCCGCUACUGGCCGCGCGGACCUGGCUUAUGAGGUCAACAAGGCCACAGCCACUGCGGUCGGCGCGUGCGGGGUGAACAUGAUGUUGGGCCCCGUCUUGGACGUUCUAUCCAAUGCCAGGUAUCAACCUCUUGGCGUACGCGCCACGGGGGACGACCCCCAGGAAGUCUCCCAGUAUGGCAUCGCCGCCAUCAACGGCAUUCGCGACGCCGGACUUGCCUGUUGCGGGAAACACUUCCCGUCGUACGGCAACCUGGACUUCCUGGGCUCCAGCCUGGACAUUCCCAUCAUCACCCAGACCCUGGAGGAGCUGAGUCUCAGCGCGCUUGUCCCCUUCCGCAAUGCCAUUGCCACGGGAAAGCUGGACGGCAUGUUUGUCGGUGGCUGUGCCAUCUCCAAUCCCUCCAUGAACGUGUCGCAUGCGUGUCUCUCCGAUCAGGUCGUCGACGAUCUCCUGAGAAACGACCUGGGGUUCGACGGAGUUGCCAUUUCGGAAUGCCUCGAAAUGCAGGCCUUGAGCCAUGACAUUGGAGUACAAAACGGAGUCGUCAUGGCUGUCGAGGCCGGCUGUGAUCUUGUUUUGCUCUGUAGGGCUUUCGAAGUACAAAAGGAAGCCAUCAAAGGUCUCAAGCUGGGUAUUGAGAACGGCAUUAUCACAAAAGACAGGAUAAGAACGUCGUUGAAUCGCAUCAUCCGACUCAAGUCGACGUGCACCUCCUGGGUCACCGCCCUGAACCCUCCAGGGAUCUCACUAUUGUCGAAACUACGCCCGUCUCAUCUUGCCCUAUCCAAGAUGGCCUAUGACGACUCAAUCACGGUUAUCAGAGAUAACGACAAACUCCUCCCGCUCUCGAGGAGCAUGCAUCAGGAUGAGGAGCUUUUACUGCUAACACCACUCGUCAAGCCCCUCCCGGCGUCUUCUCUCAUGAAGAGUCUGCUACAAGCCAAAGGCGCCCAAGCUUCUGCACCGAACACCCACGAUACCUGGGUUCACCGAGACAGGGGAACUAUUAUGAGCGGUGAGGGUGUUUUCAGAGAACUGGGGAGGUGUCUUGCACGUGCCCGUAACGGCAAGGUGCUUCACACAAGCUAUACUGCGAAUGGUGUUCGGCCAGUCCAUGAGAACCUCAUCCACAGAGCCUCCUGCAUAAUCAUCGUGACGGCGGACGCGAACAGAAACUUGUACCAGAGCGGCUUUACCAAGCAUGUAGAGAUGAUGUGCUCAAUGCUGAGGACAAGGGGGCAAAAGAAGUCGGUUAUCGUCGUAGCUGUCAGCUCGCCUUAUGAUUUUGCCAUGGACAAAACCAUUGGGACCUAUAUCUGCACAUUCGACUUCACGGAAACGGCGAUGCAGUCCUUAGUACGAGCUCUCUGUGGCGACUUCGUGCCCAAGGGAAGCCUCCCGGGAACGCUGAGGAAGAGCAGGAGAGGAAUGAAAUCCCGCAAGAAUUGGAUUGUCGAGGACUAUGACCGCGAUCGCGAUGCCUGCGGGCUCCAAGAGCUCGUCACGGCAGUAGCACGCGCAUCUACGAGUGACCUCGGAUGCCUGGACAAGGCGACGCCGCUCUCGUUUGAAUUAUCCAACCCCAACAUUGAGGGGGCCCACUUCGUCGUUCGGAACAGUAGCACGAAUGCCCUCUAUGGCUUCGCUGCUACAUAUGCCAUUGACCGGACCGGAAUUCUAGGGUCGAUCUUCGUGGAUCCCUCCAAGCGCAACCAUUCCGUGGGAACGUCGCUCCAUAGGAGAGCUCUUCGCCACUUGAGGAAGAAGCGAAACAUUAAGAAACUGCAGUUAGGUAUUGCUUUCCCGGGUGUCUUCCUCGGCAUUCCCAUCGACGAAGGCCAUACCAAGUCCUGGUUCGCCAACAACGGCUGGGACACGCAAUUUCCCAAGCGCUUGACGAAUCUCGUCAUCAACGAUCUCUCCACCUGGAGCGUGCCAGAGGGGCUGCUCCAGGGCAUACAGCGCGCGAGCAUCAGCUUUGACCUCAUUCACGGUCUUGAUAACACGGACGGGGAGCGCGUGCUGACGUUUGUCGACAAGCACACCAACCCCGAAGUCACCGAGUUGUACAAGACGGCGCUCCAAGAGGUGAAGGCCUGUGGCAUAGUCAGGGCGAAGAGCGCGGACGACACGCUCCUUGGCACGGUGAUCAUCUGCAGCCCCGGGAACCUGCUGUCGACUAACAUACCACCUCUUAUGUCCCGCGAUCAUGAGGACAUUGGUGGGGUUCUGGCGCCAGUCGUGCCUCCGUCGCAGCAGUCGGCCCUUGUUCUCCAGGGACUUGUAGUGAUGGGUGUGAGACGGAACAAGGCGUACAAAUCCACGAAGACUGUGUUGAGCUGGGUCCAAGAUAGUGCGUACGAACACAUUGUUGCGAUGGGAUUCGAGAUUCUGCAAUCAUUCGAAGAGAUCACCAAUACACCUGACGCUUGGGCCGAUCUCUGAAUUCAUUGACGAACACCUAGGUAUUACAUCAACUUUAGCCUUGCAUGUCUACGCAUAUGAGCCAUGAUAUAUCCAAAUCUAUUUCUUUCACUUUGGUACCAGCACUAAUUUGGGAUGAUGUCUGCAUCUGGUACUCUAUUGAUGUCUUCUGUCUGUGUCUGUUAAAGGUGGAUGCCCAGACUCUUAGGGAACGAUCAACUCUUGUUUUCGCGCCACUCUGAUUCAACUUGAGGAAGUAGGUAUGCUUAUCUUGUUAUUUUUCCUUCGUCUCACCUUCAAGUCUUCUAGCUUCAGGGCAAUUACAUUCGACGGGCAAGAGAAUACCCAAUGUCAUAUGCCCGUUACUACAUGGGCUUGCCGUUGUUCCGUACUAGUUCAGUGAGAUAUAUCCAUAAAUAUUCA